UCUUAGUGCUUUGCUUACAUAUUUUCGGGAAACUUUUAAAUAAUUUCCAAUUUAAAUAUGAACUAUUUACAAAUGCCCUACGAAUCGGAUUAUUCCGAAGAUGGCAAUAAGAUGGGAGGCAUGCCUCAGAUGGGUGGCCAGUCACAACGUGCAUCAUCCAUGCCAAUGAUGACCAUGCCGGGGACGGGCAUGAAUAUGAAUCAGAUGCAGAUGCCUAUGGGAAAUAUGUCGCCGAUGGGCCAGAUGCCGAUGUCGACAAUGAGCCAAAUGUCUUAUCCGAUGCAGGGGAACAUGAUGCAACCACAACCGAUGGGCAUGAUGCCACCGAUGCAACAAGGGCAAGGCCAGAUGACCAUGUCGCCAGUCUCGAUGCCAACCAUGUCCCAAUUACCACCUGGAGCUGUAACACCCUUGAGCAGCAUGACCAUGAUGCCAGUUAUGGGUGGGAUCGAUGGCAGCGGUAUGAAUGUGGUUGUGCCCGAUCUGCAGCCACUGUCGGCCAUGUCUCAAAUGAGUCCCAAUGGCCAAAUGUCCCAAAUGUCACAAAUGCCCCAAAUGUCCCAAAUGCCCCAAAUGCAACCACAACAACAACAUCAGCAGCAAAAUAAUAGCAGAUUGUCCGGCGGUACCAGUGCCGGAACCUCCAAUUGGUUGAAUUACGGCAGCGCUGCCAACGGAUCCCAAAUGAUGCCCAGCAGUAUGUGGAACUACUCUCAGAGCUAUCCCAGCAUGCAGACUAUGCAGAGUAUACCACAGCAGCAUCAGCAGCAGCCACAGCAACAACAACAACAACAACCCCGUAUGAAAUCCCAAUAUGAUUAUUCUACCAACACUAGUAUCUAUAGGGAGGCUCGCAAUGGUUUAAACUCGCCAACAAUGCAGGACUCUAUGCGGUAUUCCAGGAGCAGCAGUGAUGGCAAAAAGGUUCCUCAUUGGCGCUAAUUGGAGCUGCCGAAUUCCUUUUAGUUUCGUCCCUUUGUCCCUCUGGCUGGGCUUGAGUGUUCUUGGCCAACAAAACACGUUAUGAAUUUGUUCAUAUUAGCAAACAAUAUUGUAAAAGUUCCUCUUGCAUUCUAAAAUACAAUCAGCGAUACUUAAACAAA